AGUGAAGGCGACUUUAUCUUACGUCAGAAUCGUUCUUACCUUGAACGUUAAGGGCAGAAAUUGUCACGGAUAUUGUCAAGUCUCAGCAGGCAGGAGCUCCCAAAGCAUCUCGCUUCCUUACAUGCAAGACAACUCCAACCUUGACGAAGUUUUCCACCUCAUAUUCGAACAAACUCACCGUCUGCUCCACAAAAGCUGUCACGUACGCGAAGGCUGGAUUUGAGCAAGUCUUGAUUGGCGUCCCACCACGCUCACAUAACAUGCCGCAGCGAGCGUGCAGAAAAGACUCAUCGCUGUCGAGUUCACUUCCAUCACACCCAUCUGAUAUCAUGCGUCAGGACUCUGCUUCAGAUAUGGCUAGCGCCGCUUCUCUUCCCGGGGGUGGCAGCUGGGCUCGCGCUGUCCCUGACUACCCCGGACAAGAGACCAAGGAAGUCGCCCUCAUGUUCAAAAAUGCCACCCUCUCGCUUCAAUCUCGCGCCGUUUACGAAGACAUGAUCGACGACCUCUAUUACUUUGAUAUCGUUGCUCAUCGCAAGGACCCGGAGCACAAGCUCGCUCGAAUCUACGAGGGUGGCGAGAGACCCGACUGGCUGGAAGGAGAGAUUGACGAGGAGCCCGAGUAUGACUACAAGACCGGCCUGUACACCGAGCGUGGCUUGGACAGGCCUGACGACCCACUCCUACAACGGCCCCAGAAAGGUGAUUCCACUUUUGAAUCAUGGAUGUCCUUGAAAAGACAGAGAAAGGAACUUGAGAUCAAGAGAGCAGAACAGAGAGCGCAGAAGGCAAAGGAGGACGCCAUAUCGCGUGGCUUUUAUGACUCGGACAACCCUGACGCUGAAUAUGACGAGUUUGGCUAUGAAUAUCUGGGAGUGCCCGCCAAGUUUGUCGAUCAAGAAGAGCUUGAUGAGCAGUACACCAAGGCGUUCAAACUUCCCGAAACGCCGGCCGAUUAUCCUGCUUUCCGAGAGCAAGAGAAGGCAUGGAAGGAGGAACGAAAGAAGGCAAAAGACCAGGAAGAAGAGGAGAAACGCAAGAAGGCAAAAGAGCAGGAAGAAGAGGAGAAACGCAAAAAGAAGCAAAAGAGCGCUUCAAACAAUGCACAGAAGAGGGCACGCAAGAAGGCAAUCAAGGUCGCGAAGAGGGAGGCAAAGGAAGAGGCUCAGGAGGAAACUCAUACACCCGACAAGCUACAGGAGCUAAGAGAUGUCACGAGCUUACAGUAGAAGGACU